UGGGGGAGGCGAGGCGCAAGGUGGCUCCCCGCGGCCCCGCGCCCCGCGGCUCCCGGGGACGCACCAGGCAGCCAAUGGCUGCACAGAGGUGUACAGCAGAUGGCGUCCGACUGCGCGGUUCCUUCCUUCCUCCUCUUCUUCCUCCUCCUCCAGUGCUGAGGAGCCAGAGUCGCCGCCGGGUUGCCAGACGCUGGAAUGGGUGGUCUCCCGACACACACCACCAUCUUUCUUGCACUCGAGAAGCUUGGGGCUCGGCGGCUCCCAGAGGCUGCGGCUGCGGCUCGGGCGAGGCGGGAAUAGGCAAGUCAAGAGGCUGAGAAGUCUGAAGAAUGUUUCCAAAGGAUAAUCUGGCUGUUACUUGCUGGGUAUGGAGGAGCAUGAGGAAGCUGUUUCUAUUACUGUCUCUCUUGCUGCCCCAUGCAGCUCAUUUGGAAGGCAAAAGAGAUAAUCAGUUCAUCUGGAAACCAGGUCCCUGGGGAAGGUGUACAGGAGACUGUGGGCCGGGAGGAGUCCAGAGUCGUGCAGUAUGGUGUUUUCACGUUGAAGGGUGGACAAGUCACUUAUCUAACUGUGAUGAGAGCAGCAGGCCUCCAACGGAAAGAAGUUGUUUCCGAGUCUGUGACUGGCACAGUGACCUCUUCCAAUGGGAGGUUUCUGAUUGGCACCACUGUGUGCUUGUUCCUUAUGCCCAGGGAGAAGUCAAGCCUAGGACUUCUGAGUGUGUGACCGCUCAACACGGACUGCAGCACCGAACAGUACGCUGUCUUCAGAAGUUGAACAGAACCAUGGUGGCCAGUGACAUCUGUGAACACUUUGCCCCUCAGCCCCCCACAGAACAAGCUUGCCUCAUUCCUUGUCCCCGAGAUUGUGUUGUAUCAGAGUUCUCCCCAUGGUCCAAGUGUAGCAAAGGAUGUGGGAAGAAGCUGCAGCACAGAACUCGGGCGGCCAUCGCGCCCCCUCUGUAUGGCGGUGUGCAGUGUCCCAAUCUGACCGAGUCCAGGGCUUGUGAUGUUUCCAUCUCCUGCCCUCUUGGGGAAGAGGAAUAUACUUUCAGCCUUAAGGUUGGACCGUGGAGUAAAUGUAGACUUCCUCAUCUUAAAGAAAUUAGCCUCAGCGAAAGAACUGUUCUGGAUUUUAGCUCUGAUUCGAAUGAGCAAGUCACCUUUAGACAUCAAAGUUACAAAGCACAUCACCAUUCGCAGCCCUGGGACGUAGAGAUUGGCUAUCAAACUCGACAGGUUUGGUGUACUAGAAGUGAUGGGAAAAAUGCCCUGUUGAGCCUUUGUAUGCAGGACUCCUUCCCGCUGACUGUUCAACCUUGCCUCAUGCCAAAAGACUGUGAAACCUCCGAGUGGACCUCCUGGAGCCCCUGCUCCAAGACGUGCCGUUCAGGGAAUCUAUCACCAGGAUUUAGGAGCAGGAGCCGGAAGGUGAAGCACAUUGCCAUUGGGGGUGGAAAGGAGUGUCCAGAACUUCUAGAGAAAGAGGCCUGCAUUGUUGAAGGAGACCUUCUGCAACCAUGUCCCAGGUAUUCCUGGAGAACCUCUGAGUGGAAAGAAUGCCAAGUCUCUCCCCUCCUGGAGCAGCAGGACCCCCAUUGGCAUGUGACAGGACCUGUUUGCGGCGGUGGGAUCCAGACCCGUGAGGUGUACUGUGCCCAGAGCACACCAGCAGCCACUGCACAGAGGGCCAAGGAAGUCUUUAGACCUGUGGAAAAUGCAUUGUGUUUGGGACCCGCCCCCACGGCCUCUCAGCUCUGCAGUGUUCCUUGCUCUACUGACUGCAUAGUAUCCUCCUGGUCAGCCUGGGGCCUGUGCCUCCAUGAAAACUGCCGUGAUCCUCAGGGGAGAAAAGGAUUUAGAACGAGGCAGCGCCAUGUCCUCAUGGAAUCCACAGGGCCUGCAGGACAUUGCCCUCAUUUGGUGGAAUCUGUUCCUUGUGAAGAUCCAAUGUGUUAUCAAUGGGUGGCUUUAGAAGGGAUCUGUAUCCCUGAUCAUGGAAAAUGUGGCUUGGGACAUCGCAUCCUGAAGGCCGUCUGUCAGGAUGACCGAGGUGAAGAUGUAGCAGGGAGUCUUUGCCCCAUACCUCCUCCUCCAGAGCGGAUGGCCUGUGAAAUUCCCUGCCGAAUGGAUUGUGUAGUGAGCGAGUGGACAGUAUGGUCAUCCUGUUCCCAGUCCUGUUCAAAUAAAAACUCAGAUGGGAAACAGACCAGAUCAAGAUCUAUCCUGGCACUGGCUGGAGAAGGUGGAAAGCCAUGUCCUCCUAGUCAGGCUCUUCAAGAAUAUCGUGUAUGCAACGACCACCCCUGUAUGCAACUUUAUUGGGAGACAUCGCCUUGGGGCCCCUGUUCUGAAAACACAUUGGUAACUGCACUUAAUGCAACUGUUGGCUGGAAUGGAGAAGCUACAUGUGGUGUGGGCAUUCAGACACGGAGGGUCUUCUGUGUCAAAAGUCACGUGGGACAAGUGAUGACCAAAAGAUGUCCAGAUUCGACUCGACCAGAAACUGUGCGACCUUGCUUCCUCUCAUGCAAGAAAGACUGCAUUGUGACUGCUUUCAGCAAGUGGACGCCCUGCCCACGGUUGUGUCAACCAGGAAAUACCACAAUAAAACAGUCUCGAUACAGAAUUAUCAUCCAAGAAGCAGCCAAUGGAGGCCAGGAAUGCCCAGAUACCUUAUAUGAAGAGAGAGAGUGUGAAGAUGUCUCCUUGUGCCCCACAUAUCGAUGGAAACCACAGAAAUGGAGUCCUUGUAUCCUAGUGCCUGAGUCUGUCAGACAGGGAAUAAUGGGCACCAGCGAAGCCUGCGGAAAGGGGUUACAAACAAGAGCUGUCUCAUGCAUCUCUGAUGAUAACCAGUCUGAAGAAAUAAUGGAAUGCCUCAAGCAGACACACGGCAUGCCACCCCUUGUGCAGGAAUGUACCGUCCCGUGUAGAGAGGACUGCACCUUCACCACCUGGUCCAAGUUCACACCCUGCUCCAGGAAUUGUGAAGCCACCCAAAGCAGGCGGCGACAGCUCACAGGAAAAAGCAGAAAGAAGGAGAAAUGCCAGGAUGCUCACCUGUACCCUCUAGUGGAAGCAGAGCUCUGUCCUUGUGAUGUAUUUAUAUCCCAACCUUAUGGAAACUGGUCAGAUUGCAUUCUUCCAGAAGAUAAAAGGGAGCCCCAGCGAGGACUGCGGAUACAUGGAGAGAGCAAAGAGUGUGGAGAAGGCAUGCGCUUUCGAGCAAUCGCCUGCUCUGAUAAAAAUGGAAGGCCUGUUGACCCCUCGUACUGCAGCAGCUCUGGUUAUAUUCAAGAAGAAUGUGUCAUCCCCUGCCCGUUUGAUUGCAAGUUAAGUGAUUGGUCUAGCUGGGGUUCUUGCAGUUCAUCUUGUGGGAUUGGAGUGAGAAUUAGAUCCAAAUGGCUAAAGGAAAAACCUUACAAUGGAGGUCGACCAUGUCCCAAACUGGAUCUCAAGAAUCAGGUGCAUGAGGCAGUCCCGUGUUACAGUGAGUGCAAUCAGUAUUCCUGGGUUGUAGAAAACUGGUCUCCAUGCAAAAUCAAUAAUGAGCUGAGGUCUCCGCGUUGUGGAAGAGGAACACAAACUAGGAAAAUCAGGUGUGUGAAUACAGCUGAUAGUGAAGGUGGAGCUGUGGACAGUACCCUGUGCAACCAUGAUGAAACACCCCUGGAAACUCAGUCCUGUUCCCUCCUGUGCCCUAGUGAAUGUGUCAUGUCUGAAUGGGGAACAUGGAACAAAUGCCCACAGUCAUGUGAUCCACACACAAUGCAGAGAAGAACUCGCCAUCUUCUGAGGCCCUCACUGAGCUCAAGGACUUGUGCUGAAGACUCUCAGGUGCGACCCUGCCUCCUUAAUGAAAAUUGCUUCCAGUUCCAGUACAAUCUAACAGAGUGGAGCACAUGCCAGCUGAGUGAAAAUGCUUCCUGCGGUCAAGGUGUCAGGACCCGCCUGCUGAGCUGUGUGCGCAGUGACGGCAAGCCCGUCAGCAUGGACCAGUGUGAACAGAUUAAUUUAGAGAAGCCCCAGAGAAUGAGUAUUCCCUGCUUGGUGGAAUGUGUGGUCAACUGUCAGCUCUCAGUGUGGACGGCUUGGACAGAGUGUUCGCAAACCUGUGGCCAAGGAGGUCGAAUGAGCCGGACUCGAUUUAUCAUUAUGCCAACCCAAGGAGAAGGACGGCCAUGCCCCACACAGCUUACCCAGCAGAAAACCUGCCCAGUGACCCCCUGCUACAGCUGGGUCCUUGGCAACUGGUCUGCAUGUAAAUUGGAGGGUGGAGACUGUGGGGAAGGAAUUCAGGUGCGCAGCCCUUCCUGUAUGGUUCACAAUGGUUCAAUCUCUCAUCCGCCUAUCCAUGUCGAGGAUUCACUGUGUGGAGAAAUGCCCUUUCAAGACAGCAUCCUGAAGCAGCCAUGCUCUGUGCCUUGCCCAGGAGACUGCCACUUAACUGCAUGGUCAGAAUGGAGCACAUGCGAAUUAACCUGCAUAGAUGGAAGAAGCUUCGAGACUACAGGCCGCCAAUCUAGGUCAAGGACAUUUAUAAUUCAGUCUUUUGAGAAUCAAGACACCUGUCCCCAACAGGUUCUAGAAACACGGCCUUGUACAGGAGGCAAAUGUUAUCACUACGUAUGGAAAGCAAGUCUUUGGAACAAUAAUGAGCGAACUGUGUGGUGCCAACGUUCAGAUGGCAUGAAUGUCACAGGAGGUUGCUCCCCUCAGGCACGCCCUGCUGCUACUCGGCAGUGUAUCCCAGCCUGCAGAAAACCUUUCUCCUACUGCACACAGGGUGGAGUCUGUGGUUGUGAGAAGGGCUAUACAGAGAUAAUGAGAUCAAAUGGCUUCCUGGAUUACUGCAUGAAAGUACCAGGCUCAGAGGAUAAAAAAGCAGAUGUGAAAAACCUUUCUGGGAAAAAUAGACCUGUAAAUUCAAAAAUACAUGAUAUUUUUAAAGGAUGGUCCCUUCAACUACUUGAUCCAGAUGGCCGAGUAAAAAUUUGGGUUUAUGGCGUUUCAGGUGGCGGUUUUCUUAUCAUGAUUUUCCUAAUAUUUACUUCCUACCUUGUUUGCAAGAAGCCAAAACCACAUCAAAGCACACCUCCCCAUCAGAAGCCUCUGACCUUAGCCUACGAUGGAGACUUAGACAUGUAACCUGAAAAAGAAAUCCAAAUGUAGACAUCAACUGCCUUAACUGCUUUCACUUUUGUAGCUCUCAGACUUCUCAGUUUUUUGAGGAAUCUCAUGAUGUGAUAUAUUGGGCAGAAUACAAAUAUUGCAAAAGUAAUAUUGCCUCAACUUCAUUUGGACAUGGAGUCAAGGAUUAUUAGGUCUGCCAUUUUGUUUUCAAGUUGUUUGUGGGUGUGAGUGUUUUUUUGGUUUUUUUUUGGUUUUCCCAAGGGACCCAAAACCCUUCUCUUCCUGUUUGGAAAUGAAAGGAAGAAAACAUGAUGGAAUUCCCACAGACUUGAGUAAACUUGAUCUUCAGCCGCAUAAUGACAAUCCAGAGGAAGUCCAAUCAAGGCAUUUACUGUAAAUGAUGAGUCUGACAUUGCAUUGUUAUGCACUAUAUUAGUGCAAAGUCUUUAUUCUUCCCAUACUUCAACAUGAGUUUUCUAGAGUUUACAUUGGUUCAAAGACUUUCAAAUUGGAUUGCCUAUUUUCAUGAACACAGAGAAUGGGUUACCAUUUCAAAAAUUCUCUGAGUUUUUACCUUUAAAUAUUGUAUUUUGUUUUGUAGCCAGGGGAUGAUGGCACUUCAUGGGUUGCAUCUGUUGAUAAUAGCGUGUGUGUAAUUGCUGGGCUAGUUGAAAGCUAGGUGGUUUCUGAAUGAAAUGUGUACCGAAUGUUAGAGUGUAUAAAUGAAAAUAGGUGGCUAUAUUGGAGAAUGAGGUAAUUAUUUGGUUACUAAAACUGUAUUUUAACAAAAACUUAGCUGUGUAGAUAUAACAUUAACCACACACAGUUGUAAUUCAGUUUAAUGAUGACAAACUCUGCUUUUGUAAUUUCAAUUUUCUUAUCUGAAUAUUUAUAAAUUCUUUUCUUGAAUUUAAUUAUCUGACCUCAUUUAAUAUACAUUGAACACCAAUCCUGUUUGUAGUAAGUCUUGCUUUUAUAAGGUUUCAAUAAUACCUAAAACAACACAUUAAAAAGCUGAGACCAUUUUAUGAAGAUAAUUGUUUGUAAUCCUAGGUGUUGAAAGUAAGAAGGUGCCAUCUUGUGGUAUUGACUUGUAUUUAUAACAAAUAAAGUGCUCAAGAGACUG